GCAAGGAUGAGUGCGUUUGUAGCGUUGUAGUAAAAAGCUCGAGUCAGUCAUUUCUUUGCCACUUCUACCUGUCGCCGGAACCUACCAAACUCCAUCCUCUCUCUCUCUCUAGGGUUUCGAUCCGCCCUCCCCUCCAUCCUCUGCUCCCGCUCGAUCGGCACUCUCCCCACCGUCGACGCUGCAAGCACUCAUCCGGCCCGAUUCCCCACUCCCCAUUUGCAUCUGGCUUGAUUUCAUCCGAUGGCCAAGACCAAGCCCGGGAAGAAGGACCUCGAUUCCUACGCCAUCAAGGGCACCAACAAGGUCGUCAAAGUCGGCGACUGCGUGCUGAUGCGGCCGUCGGAGUCGGAGAAGCCGCCGUACGUGGCGAAGGUGGAGAAGAUCGAGGCCGACCACCGCAACAACGUGCGGGUGAAGGUCAGGUGGUACUACCGCCCCGAGGAGUCCAUUGGCGGCCGGCGGCUGUUCCACGGCGCCAAGGAGUUGUUCCUCUCUGAUCACUACGAUGUGCAGAGCGCGCACACCAUCGAGGGAAAGUGCAUUGUGCACUCGUUUAAGAACUACACCAAGCUGGAGAAUGUUGGGGCCGAGGACUACUUCUGCCGAUUUGAGUACAAGGCGGCCACUGGAGCUUUCACUCCUGAUCGUGUUGCAGUAUAUUGCAAGUGUGAGAUGCCUUACAACCCUGAUGAUCUAAUGGUCCAGUGUGAUGGAUGCAAGGAUUGGUUCCAUCCAACUUGCAUGGGCAUGAGUAUUGAACAAGCAAAAAAGUUAGAACAUUUUCUGUGCUCAGACUGUGACUCAGAAGCUGAUGAAAAAAGAUCAUCGAAUGGAUAUCCAGAUUCGACAGUUUCUGAUACCAAGGUUGAACCUAAGAGAAGAAAAAGGUAAGUGGUAGUUGCUUUAGAUGGAUGUGUGCAUUCUGCAAAACUCAAUCAUAAUGUUGGCACCAUGCAUGAGAUUGUACAGUGCAGAGAACAAACUGCUUGAAGAUUAACCAAACCAUUGCACUUGUAUGUACUUUGUGAUUGUUUUAGGUGGUAAUAUUUGCACUUGAGGAGGAAUCAAAUGAUGGUGUUUCUCAAUCCUCACCUUUCUUUUUUAUUAUUAUUAUCAUUACAUUUGAGUCAUAAUGAUGAUUUCAGUGACUCCAUCUCUAAUA